AUGGACGUCGUUGUUCAACCAGGCGUAAACUGGGUAACCCUCAAUAAAGAAAUCCAAUCCUCAGGCCUCUUCCUCCCGCUCGACCCCUCCCCAACCGCCUUCAUCGGCGGCAUGGUCUCCACAAACUGCAGCGGCACAAACGCCUUCCGUUACGGCACGAUGAAGGACUGGGUCGUCAAUCUGACCGUCGUCCUCGCCGAUGGACGCAUCAUCAAGACGCGCCGGCGGCCGCGCAAGAACUCGGCCGGGUAUAACCUGACGAGCCUAUUUGUUGGCGCCGAGGGCACGUUGGGCAUCGUCACGGAGGCGACGGUGAAGCUCGCUGUCGCGCCGGCGGAUACGAGCGUUGCGGUGGUGUCGUUUGGGACAAUUGAGGAGGCGGCGAGGGCGGCGACGGGGCUGAUUCGGAGCGGGGUGCCGCUUGGGGCGUUGGAGUUUUUGGAUGAGGUGCAGAUGGAAGUUAUCAAUCGGCAUGGGAGUGAGGCUGUUAGGAAGACUGCGUGGGACGAGAGUCCGACAUUGUUUUUGAAGUUCGCGGGGACCACCGACGGUAUCAAGGGGGAUGUUGCUAGGGUCAAGGAGAUUGUGCAGCCAUUCAAGCCACGCAAGGUCUUCUUCGCUAGAGACAAGCAGGAAGAAGCUGACCUAUGGGCCGCGAGAAAGGAAGCGCUUUGGACGAUGACGUCGAUCAAGCCCGAGGGGUACUCUCUCUGGUCCACGGAUGUGGCUGUGCCGAUUUCGAGAUUGGCCGAGAUAAUCACGUUGUCCAAAGAAGACUCUGGAAAGCUCGGUCUUUUUGCGAGUGUCAUUGGACAUGUUGGAGACGGCAACUUUCACCAGGCGGUCAUGUAUGACCCGAAGGACGAGGGGCAGCGGGCUUCGGUUGCCAAGUGUGUUCAUGAUAUGAUGAGCAGAGCUUUGGAGAUGGAGGGUACUGUCUCAGGAGAGCAUGCCAUCGGCAUCGGGAAGAAAGAUUGUCUUGUUGAUGAGCUCGGCGUUGAUGCUAUCGAUUUCAUGAGGACGUUGAAGCAGGCGGUGGAUCCAAGGUAA